ACCAAAUUGUUAGAUUUCUUGUUCAUCGGAAUUAUCGAAAAAAUCCAUUCAGGCGGUCGAGUUGCACGUGCAGAAAAAUGGGGAAUAGUCCUGGCGGCCUUCGUCUUCUGGGAAAUGGAAACUAUUCUUACGAUAUUAAACUGGGCAAAGCGGCUAUCAUUCGCUUGAAAAUGGGACGGCUACAAGAAGAAGAAAAUAGUCUGUCAACGAGCCAAACGUGGCAACUCACGUACAGCGUAGACGGAGUCACUUCUACACUUUCCAUAAUCAAAACCACCAACCACAAGCUUUAUAAACCGAUUGAAGAGAUAUUACACGUCAGGAUCGAAGAUUAUCUUCCAGAAGCAAAUAAUUGGCACAUCAAAGAAAAGAAUGCAGCAGCUCUUCCUCCUCAGGCAACUGAAUCAUUUUUCGUAACGGUGAGAAAAGAUGAUGAAAAGGGAACUAGUCUUCUAAACGUAUCUCUUCAUCAGACUUGUAAAUACUCCGAAGAAAAAAAAUUUAAAAGGAGGCGUCAAAGGAGCACAACAGGAACAUCCUUUGAUGCAUAUGGGUGUGGAACUAGGACUGGUGUUUUCGUAAUUGAGGAAAAGAAUAGAAGCAAUGAAAAUCUACCCUACAUGGUAACCGUAAGGCAUUAUUACGUGAAUAGUGGUAGUACUGGAAAAUUUCGUGGGAGUGGUGUAGACAUAGGUUUUUCAGUUGUGGUGAAGAUUGGAGUGGUUAAUGGGCAAUUAGAUUUUAGCGUAGAAGGCCCUGAGGAACACCCUACUUCGGCAUUAUUUUACAUGAUUGAAGAAGUGUGUCGAACAGGGACGUGGAAGCCUUCUGCAUGCCCUCAUUGCAACAAUAUCCAGUCGCAACAGCGUAGAUUGCUGCUAUCUGAGAGUGAAGACAGCGACACCAAUCUUCCAACACCACCAUCUCAUGCAGGCCAACAAAAUGCAUCUAAUAAGGGACGCUUCAAGGGCGAUGGCAUCGGUAGUAUGAUUCGAGCAAAAAAUGUUAACUUUAAUAAAUGGUGGACAUAACUUAUGCAUGGCAACGACUCUCCUUUUAUAUUGUGUGAUCCUGCUAGUUGCUUUUGAUAUAGUGUAACAUCCCGAUUAUAUAAUAAUCAAUAUUAUAUAAUAAGGACGUUAACAUUCAAAUAUAGAGAACAGUCGGAGUAUGACGUGUAAUUAAAUGUGGUAUUACAGUCAUCCAGAAAUAAAAGAAACUGAAAAUUUAAACUUAAA